AGAAUUAAAGAUAUCAUUCGAAAAUUACCUAGCAGCCCAGCCAUGGCUUCGAAGCUUCUAGCUUCCGCAAUCCGCCGAUCCUUAGCAAGGACCACCAACACCUGCGGUCCCCGCGGCAUCUCCACCGCUGCGGCAGCCGCCGUUGCUCCGUCUACGGAGCCGUUUGAGAAUCAAGGAGUUGUCACAGUAAAGGGCGUGAAAAUAUCUGCUCGGCCUCUUUACCUAGAUAUGCAGGCAACCUCUCCAGUGGACCCUAGAGUACUUGAUGCUAUGCUUCCUUAUUAUCUCGCUCGUUUUGGCAACCCUCACUCUCGUACUCACCUCUACGGCUGGGAGUCCGAUUCCGCCGUCGAGACUGCCCGCUCUCAGGUUGCCGAUUUAAUCGGCGCGUCUCCUAAAGAAAUAGUCUUCACGUCAGGGGCCACGGAGUCGAAUAAUAUUUCGAUUAAAGGAGUCAUGAAAUUCUACAAAGAAAAGAAACGUCAUGUUGUUACUACUCAAACUGAGCAUAAGUGUGUGCUGGACUCUUGUCGCCAUCUCCAACAGGAGGGUUUCGAGGUUACUUACCUUCCUGUGGGAAACGAUGGGAUUGUCGAUUUGGAGAACUUACGAUCAGCCAUCAGGCCUGAUACCGGGCUUGUGUCGGUUAUGGCGGUGAACAACGAGAUUGGUGUGAUUCAGCCGAUGGAGGAAAUUGGCAAAAUCUGCAAGGAAUUCAAUGUACCGUUUCACACUGAUGCCGCACAAGCGCUGGGGAAGAUCCCAAUUAAUGUGGAGAACUGGAAUGUUAGCUUGAUGUCAUUAAGUGGACACAAAAUAUAUGGUCCGAAAGGCGUUGGGGCUUUGUAUAUGCGCAGGCGACCAAGAAUCCGAGUGGAGCCCCAAAUGAACGGAGGUGGACAAGAGAGAGGGAUAAGAAGUGGGACGGUGCCCACUCCUUUGGUUGUGGGAAUGGGUGCUGCUUGUGAAUUGGCGAAGAAGGAGAUGGAGUACGAUGAUAAGAGAAUUAAAGCUUUGCAGGAGAGGUUGUUGGAUGGAAUUAAAGCUAAACUCGAUGGAGUGGUGGUGAAUGGGAGCGUGGAAAGGCGAUAUGCAGGGAAUUUAAAUCUUUCCUUUGCGUAUGUAGAAGGGGAGAGCUUAUUGAUGGGGUUGAAGGAUGUGGCAGUGUCAAGUGGGAGUGCCUGCACUAGCGCGAGUUUGGAACCUUCAUAUGUAUUAAGGGCAUUGGGGGUGGAUGAGGACAUGGCACAUACCUCAAUCAGGUUUGGAAUCGGGAGGUUUACUGCAGAGGCAGAGAUCGAUAGGGCCAUUGAACUUACAGUACAGCAGGUCGAGAAGUUGAGGGAAAUGAGCCCACUGUAUGAGAUGGUGAAGGAAGGAAUUGAUAUUAAGCAGAUUCAGUGGGCACAACACUGACAGGUAACUAUUGGAUAAACCUCUACUGAGAACAUUUUUGGGAUAUGGAUUGCAUGCUGAAUGAGUACACCCCCAUUGAGCUUGGAGCUGCCAACGGUUGUCAUACAGGUUCUUACUUUCUUCUGUACUAGUAUAUGCCCUCCCGAAAUUUCCUAGUUUAACUAGGGUAGCAUUUUGACAUUAUAUGUCUUCUUAAACUAUAUGAAGGUUCUUCUAGGUAUAAGCAUAUCAUAAUUUGACAACAGGAAUAAUAAGGUUUGCUUCUGCUGCAGAUGUAAAAGUUAUCUUCUGUUGUAUCUGUAAGUUGUUGAUUUCUUUUCUGGUGUUUCCAAUUAAGUGAUUUCGAUGCU